CGCUUAUACUAAAGCUGUGCAAUAGCGUGUGUUUAAUAUGGCAUCUGAUGAGAACUCUUCUGUAUUGGCUGCACGUAAGGUUAUUUUAUUAAACAGAAAUAGGUAACCGGAAAAGGAAAAGAAAUUCUAAUCUUGUUUUGUUUUGCACUUGAAAUAAGAGGAACAUCAGAGAAUAUAAUUCUAUAUAACGAAUAGCUGCUAUCUAAUCUGGAUAUCUCAUUGUUAUGCAAAAUAGCGAGAAAAAUUCUAUAAAUUCCAUUUGUGAUGCAGAUACUGAAGAUUGUUCAUCACCCCUAAUGGAUCAUACAAGAGUACGUUACCCUUUCUGUAUUGUUUGGACUCCAAUUCCCAUUUUAACAUGGCUCUUCCCGAUAGUAGGACACAUGGGUAUAGCUAUGUCUUCUGGCAUUGUAAGAGAUUUUGCUGGGCCAUACUAUGUAUCAGAGGAUGAUAUGGCAUUUGGUAAACCUACAAAGUAUUGGCAACUUUCUCCAGAAAAAGCUAGAAAUGGCAAAAAUGGAUGGGACACUGGUGUAUCAGAAGCUUCUGAUGUUUAUAAAGGAAGAACGCAUAAUUUGUGUUGGGACAAUUGUCAUUCUCAUGUGGCAUAUGCUUUGAACACCAUGCAAUAUGAAGAAAGUACAUCCUGGAAUAUGGUUAAGCUUUGUUUUUUAAUGCUGGUGCAUGGGAAAUAUGUUAGUUUUGGUGGUUUUUUGAAAACUUGGCUCCCAUUUCUUAUUAUUGCUGGAGCACUCUGUGUAAUUUUAAUUUUAUUACAUGCUUUAUAAACAUAAAUGGCAUGAAAUUGAAAAUAAAUUUCUAUCAUUUUUUUUAUUAAAUUAAGAAGAUUAUUUAGUUUAUGAAUAAUAAAUGUAAUGUACUAGUCAGAUGUUUUUAAUCUAGUAGCUUGAAAUUUUAAAUUUUAAUUAUUAUUAAUUUAUUACAUAAAAAGUAAUUAAAUUUUACUCAUAAUAUCUAUACUCAUAAUAUUAUAUCUCAUAAUAUUAUACAUAUUUGUAUCUUUAUCAUAUUUCUACUUAUACUUAAAAAUGUUAUUGUGCUAUUCUAACCCAAUGAUUGUUAAUGAAAAUUUUAAUAAAAUUUAUCAUUGUAAUUUUUUUAAUUUUUUUUCUUUCAAAUAUUAAAAUAAACUUAUAGCUUGAAGCAUAUCUUUGAAAUGCACACAGAUGCAUUCAUGCAACUCUAUUUUUAUGAUAUUUAUUUUAGAAGCUCCUUUUUUUUUUUAAUCUUAUUUAAAAAUUUAUCUAUACAUUAUAACAUUGUUCUUAACUUUUAUGAAUAAAAUUUUAUGUUUUUAGUUAUAUUUAUUUAACUCUGUAGUUAUAAGUUUCCUUAACAUCUGGAAUAUGACCUGAUACUUUAAAACCAUUCUUGUAUCAAAAAAAAUUAAAAUCAUUCCUAGAAAUUAAUAGAAGAUAAUUUUAUGGGCUAGUUUUCUGCAUUUGAAUUUCAAGUGCAAUUAUUGGUCAUGAAAGUCUUUAUUAAUAUGUUAAAAGAAAAGGUAUAAUUGAUAUGUUACAAGGUUGGAUUUGCAGAGGAAACACAUACAAUGAAUUUUUAUUCCAAAGCCUGUCAGUAAAAAAUUUAAUCUGAAAAAACAUUGUUUAUUUAAUAAAAAAUCAUAAAAAAACAAGUAUUAAUAAUUACUAUUAUUUAUAGCCAAACUUUUGUUUAAAAUGUUAUCCUUUUGAUAUUUAUUAAAAAUAUAUCCUAAAAUUUCUUGCCUUUUAAGCUGUAAUCAUAACUUCAGACCCUUCCACAGGCUUGGCUAGGGUUCUGUAACUUUUGUUUUAAGAAGUCAUGCCCAAGUAUAUUUUUGUAAAUAUACAAUAUCUUCCUUGUAUUAUCUUAUUCAGUUAAUUUCACUAAAAAAAAUUGUAUUUCAAUGUUGAUUGCACCAUGUUAUUUUUUUAAAAAUUGACAAGAAAUUCAAGCAAUAUGUUUGUUUGUGAACUUUAUUAGUUUAAUAAGUAUAAAAACUGAAAUUUCACACUAAGUUAAAUUAGUCACUGAUCUCAUGUUUAUAAAGUUUUAGUAGCACCAAGAAACGUCCUGUAAGCACUUUCCUUCAAACCAAAUGGCCAUCAGAGAAUUCACGAUCGAAAAUUUUAAGAAUCUUUUAUUUCUUUGAUCCUGCUUUUCUACCUAAAAACAAUGAAAUUUUUUUAUUUAACAUAAAAUGAAUUCAUAAAUUAUUGAUCAUAUAUGGUGCUUGUAAAAUUGUAUAAAUCUUAAACUACAUCAGAAAGCGUUUGUACAGUUUUGUUAUAUUAACCUAUUUGGAACAAACAAAUAAAAAUAAUUUAAAGUAUA